GCCUAGUUUCGAGGAGGUGGUGGCUGCGGCAGUGUGGGCAUGGAACCGUUGCGGGUUUUGGAGCUGUACAGCGGCAUUGGGGGAAUGCACCAAGCACUAAUAGAAAGCUGUGUACCUGCACACGUGGUGGCUGCCAUUGAUGUGAACAAUGUUGCUAAUGAAGUAUACAAGUAUAAUUUCCCUUACACACAGUUACUGGCCAAGACAAUCGAAGGCAUUACGCUAGAAGAGUUUGACAGAUUAUCUUUCGAUAUGAUUUUAAUGAGCCCUCCCUGUCAGCCGUUCACAAGAAUUGGUCUGCAAGGUGAUGUGACUGAUCCAAGGACAAGUAGCUUCUUAUAUAUUCUAGAUAUCCUCCCAAGAUUACAAAAAUUACCGAAGUAUAUUCUUUUAGAAAAUGUUAAAGGUUUUGAAGUAUCUUCUACAAGAGACCUGUUAAUAAAAACAGUGGAAAAUUGCGGCUUUCAGUACCAAGAAUUUCUGUUAUCGCCAACCUCUCUUGGCAUUCCAAAUUCAAGGCUACGGUAUUUCCUUAUUGCAAAGCUUCAGUCAGAGCCAUUAUCUUUUCAAGCUCCUGGUCAGAUACUGAUGGAGUUUCCCCAGAUUGCUUUUGAACAUCCUCAAAAACAUGUGGUAGAUGCAGGAAAGAAAAUUGAAGGAAAGAAAAUUGAACCAAAUGUUUGCUUUGAUAGCAGCAGACAGUGUUCUGGAAAAGAAGCCGUUCUUUAUAAGCUUGAAACUGCUGAAGAAAUUGACCGGAAACAUCAACAGGACAGUAAUCUCUCUGUGCAAAUGCUAAAGGAUUUUCUUGAAGAUGACGCUGACAUGAAUCAGUACUUUUUACCACCGAAGUCAUUGCUUCGAUACGCUCUUUUGUUAGACAUUGUUAAGCCCACUUGCAGAAGGUCCAUGUGCUUUACAAAAGGUUAUGGGAGGUACAUAGAAGGCACAGGAUCUGUGUUACAGACCACAGAGGACGUGGAGAUUGAGAACAUCUACAAAUCUCUUACCAAUUUGUCACAAGAAGAAAAGAUUAAAAAAUUGUUAAUGCUCAAACUUCGAUAUUUCACUCCUAAAGAAAUAGCAAAUCUCCAUGGAUUUCCUCCAGAGUUUGGAUUUCCUGAGAAUGUAACAGUGAAACAGUGUUAUCGUCUACUUGGAAACAGUCUCAACGUGUGCGUAGUAGCUAAACUAAUCAAAGUCCUAUGUGAAUAAUUUUAAAAUGACUCAAAAAGAUGGUCACAGUAUUCCAUCAUAUCCAAAUGGUAAUUCUGAAAUUCUAGUUUGAAUUAGCUUUGAUGAAAUUCAACUACAUUACCUUGUUCUCUCUUUAAUAUAAAACUUGAAUUUAUCACAAAAAAAAUGACAAUUUAUUCCCUUAAGUUUACACUAGUGUGUUUUGUAAAGUGAAAUUGUUGUUAUGCUUUAGGUAAAUAUACUUUCAUAUGAAAUUGUUAAGUAUAUAUGUAAAAUAUUUUUUAUAAUAUGGUAUAAACAAAUUUAGGAACAUUAAAAUUUUAAUGUUGACAUCAAUAUUUUA